UUAUUUUGUCGUCUUACAGCGCCCACUCUUGUCUCCUCUGCUGUGGUGUCGGGUCGGCGCCGCUCGUGCUCGGUCAGGCUGGAGCGCCUGCUGGUGGACGCGGAGCGGCGCACCUGCCGGGUCGGGCGCCGCACAUACAAGCUGCACGCCACCGAGCCCGCACCCACACCCCAUGUCACCACCACCAUCUAUCAAUGUCACCAUUGCGGCAAACGGUUCAGGAGCAAGUCGGUUCUGAAGAAGCACGUACACACUCACUCGCCUUUACAUAAUUCAACCGUAGGGGAUUAUGGUUUAGAAAGACAUCAAAUGCUACACGGUGACAAAAAACUGUAUAAAAAGGCUCACAUGAUUAUACACACAGGCGAAAAGCCUUUCAGGUGUAAAUACUGUGGCUACGAGAGUAGUAGAAAAUCAAAUUUACGGAGUCACCUGAUUACUCACACAGACGAGAAGCCUUUCAGGUGUACACACUGUGACCACAAGUCUAGAACCAAACCACACUUACGGAUACACCUGUUGACUCACACAGACGAGAAGCCUUUCAGUUGUAGUCACUGUGCCUACAAGUGUAGAAGAAAAGGAGAGUUACAGAUUCACCUGAUGACUCACACAGACGAGAAGCCUUUCAGUUGUAGUCACUGUAGCUACAAGUGUAGAAGUAAAGCAGAUCUACAGAAACACCUGAUUACUCACACAGACGAGAAGCCUUUCAGUUGUAGUCACUGUAGCUACAAGUGUAGAAGAAAAGGAGUGUUACAGCGUCACCUGAUGACUCACACAGACGAGAAGCCUUUCAGUUGUAGCCACUGCAGCUACAAGUGUAAAAGAAAAGGAGAGUUACAGCGUCACCUGAUGACUCACACAGACGAGAAGCCAUUCAGUUGUAGUCACUGUAGCUACAAGUGUAGAAGAAAAGGAGAGUUACAGAUUCACCUGAUCACUCACACAGACGAGAAGCCUUUCAGUUGUAGUCACUGUAGCUACAAGUGUAAAAGAAAAAGAGAGUUACAGCAACACCGGAUGACUCACACAGACGAGAAGCCCUUCAGUUGUAGUCACUGCAGCUACAAGUGUAGAAGUAAAGCAGAUCUACAAAAACACGUGAUUACUCACACAGACGAGAAGCCUUUCAGUUGUAGUCACUGUAGCUACAUGUUUAAAAGAAAAUCAGAUCUACGGACUCACCUGAAGAGAAGCCUUUCACGUGUAAUGUAGCCACUGCAGAUACAAGUGUAGAAGGAAAUUAGGCGGACUCGCCUGUUGACUCACUCUGGUGAAAAACCUUCAAGUGUAAGCACUGUGACCACAGGAGCCGUCGUAAAUUCUAUUCGUCGUGUU